AUGGAACCAUCGACCCCACCUCCACGACCAUCUGUCCCUGCGACGUCCCCCUAUGGAAGUCCAGAUCCUCUCAGCGAUCCACCGGGUCCAUCGAGCCCGGAAUCUCCACUUCCAACACUUCCUGCACAUCUACCACCUUCAUCUCAGUUUACCACCGAUAAUACCCCAUGUAAACCUCGCGCUAGAGUUAUCCAUGACGAAGAAGAAAAUGUACCUAUUGUUCAGCAGUCUAGUUGCCCUGCUGCCCUACCAGACUCGUCGAUGGAAUCGAAGUUCGCUAUAUUCUUACCGUCGGAGUCGAGUCCGCCUCCGGAGUUCCAAACCAGUCCGAUGAAGCAACCAACUUUGCAAACCGUUCAAGAACAGGAAGAUUUCAAAGUUAGCAUCGAGAUGGUUGAUGUUGAGGAAAUUGAUAUUCAGAACCCCAGUUUCAACAAUGAAUACACCGAGAUUCCAGUUUCGGAAACGGUUCAUGAAAAAGAUGGACUCGACGCUAGCAUCUCCAUUGGCGGUAUCGAGGAAUCAGACAUCCAAGAACCAACUCCGGGUAACGAAUACAUCGACCUUCCAGCCCUCCCAACGAUUGCCGAAUCCCCACCUGCAGAAUCUUUCCAACCAGAAUCGUUUACUCUCACAUCGUCGCCUCCACGAAUGCCUAGUCCGACUCCUAGUACGACAACUACGCCUAGUGUCCCAGCCGCGAAACGUCGCCGUCUAAACUCCUCAAUGACAGCCACGAACAAAUUGAUGAGACCCUUCAAAUCGCCUUUGAAAUCCAAUAAUACACCCCACAAUACCUCUACACCCAGUCGUGAAUCUCCACGCAAAUACCCGCCAUCUACUCCACCCCAAAAGACUGCAAUUCCGUAUACCCCACUCCCUCGCCUUCAGAAGCCUAGCGAAGAGAUCGAAACAGCAGUAGAGGAUACAAAGCCAAUUGUUACACCAGCAGUUCGCCCACAACGAUCUAUCAAAUCUACUAUUAAAUCGAGUAACCCACCUUUCCGUUCGUCCUUUGCAAAGACUUCAAAACUCAGCCUCUCCAGUCCAGCUUCACUCUCCACCAAAGAUCCAUACAUCCUAUCAUUAGAACAAAAGCUCUCACAGCUCCAAAACUCGGUUCGCAGUGCCAAGCAAGCCCUCGAAGAAUCAUCGCAAGCCCUCAAGAUCGAACAAUCCGGGGAAGAUGAUAAACUCGAGGAGCUUAUUCUUAAAUGGCGACAAGCAGCGCAAAAUGCUGCUGACCAUAUGUUUUCGGGUGCUGAGCAGCGUUUUCAAAGAAUGGGUGGGAUGGCGGGAUAUCGCGAGAGACAAAACCGUAGCAGAAGUGGCGGUGGGUGGGGCUUUGCUGACGAAGAUCCCGAAGAAGGGUUGACGGAAGACCAGAAGGAAGCAAGGCGACUUGCGAUGUAUGAAGCUGGCUUUGAUGAAAUGUCUGAGUUGGAAAAACAACAAAAUGAAACUAAAAAUCCCAUUAAAGACGACGGUGACCAUUUUACCAUGGAUAUGAUGCUCGCGUCACUCAACAUCGACAUCGACAUCAUCAGGUAUGACAAGCAGUUACAGCGGUGGGGUAAAUGA